AUGCCUCCGCUCAGCAAAACCCCCUGGCACCCCCUCCCCCUCACCACUCCGAUCCGUGGGGCCCCACCACUCCUCCUGCAGUCUACCUUUACCUCCUCUACCUACACGAUCCUCCUUACAGAUCUUGUGCAUAUCUGGAGCACAACUGCCACCAAACCGGCCAUCCUUGCUCUUGCAGACACAUUCCAGUCCUCCAUAGACCCCACCGAAACCUCGCAACUCACGAUCCUCCUUACAAAGCUAGAAUCUGCCCUGUCAACAGCCUCCGCCCACACAGACGUCACGCUUACUUCCACCUACACCGGCGGCCUCCAGAUCCACACGUCUACAGAGCUUCCCCCGCCACUCAAAGAGCUAAAAUGGGUGUUUACCCUUACCAGACUUCCAGACGCAGAGUUUACAAAUCUGUUCCUCCUGCCGGUGUUGAGUGUCGUGUCGACGCUUGCUGACCAGGUUGAAAGUCUCGUGAGAGUGGUAAAGGAUAAAGAUAAGAUAAUAGAGCGCCUUACGGACCAAGUCGCCGAGCAGGGUCUGGAUGUAAAGAACUUGUUGGGUGGGGGCAGGGCGAGGAGACGCGGCCUGGAAAGGUUCGAGGUGGAGGCCUGGAGAGAGGACUAUAUUCAGGAAGGAGAGAAACGGGUAGGGGAGGUAGUCAAAGAGGUAUUCGGAGAGGGCGUACGAUGCGGGGAAGCGCCGGGAGUGAGGGGCCUGGGAAUGGUAGAAGGAUGGUGGACAACCAUUGAAGAGGAUGAAAACAAGCCCAAGAUUGAAAAGCGGGAGUCGAGCGAAAGACCGAGACGGGCAGACGACGGAAUAAGAUCAUUGACGCGGGAUAUAUCCCCAAGGAGAAUAGCUUCCCCCAAGAGGGAAAGCACCAGUGGAGACUUAUCGCCGCCAAAAAGAAUGAAGUUUGACGACUCCGAUGAUGAGGAUAAUGAUUUUGAGGUCCAAAAAACACCUCCACCAAAGCCUUAUCACGCCUUUACACUAAAGAAGCCCUCCCCUCCACCCAAACCUGUGGCACCUGAACCCGAUGAUACUGCUUCUGAUUCCGACACCCUCGACCUACCUCCGCCACGAAAAUUCAUUAAAAAGCCUAGUCUCAGUCCUCCUCCCAAAUCCCGAAGAAGCGUCGAUGAGCCAAUGCGUUAUACUCCCGUCGCAGCGGCUACGGCUGCAGAUGAUGAAACGGAAGACUCAGACACAGUCGUAGUCCCAAGUGUCGCAAAGCCGAAACAGAAGAUGGUAAUUGGCGGGAAAAAGAAGCCGGUCGUAGUUCCGGAUGACACGGAGGAUGAGGAGGUAGAGCCGCCCAAAGAGGUCAAGAAGGUAGUUGGGAGAAUUGGGAGAAUUGGUAAAACUAAAACCGAGAGCGAUAGAGGGGGCCCAUCGACGGUUUCUAAACCACCGACACCACCACCGCCCCCUCCGGCACCGAGAGAGCCAACGCCGGAGGAGAAUGAAGACGAGAAGGCAGAUAGAAAACGAAGAGAGCUGGAGAAAGAGCUGGAAGCUAAAAAGAAGGCGCCUGCAAAGAAGAAGCGAAAGUUUUAG